UUGAUCCUGAAUUAAUUGUCCCGUUAUAAAAAAAAUUACAGUGACUUUUUUUGGACAACUUUCAGUCUGAAAUGGUGCCCAAACCUCACCUCCCCACUUUCUGUUUACUUUUAACUUCCACCACAACCCGUCUAGGCAGCAAAUCAAUUGAUCCUGAAUUAAUUGUCCCGUUGUAAAAAAUUACGGUGACUUUUUUGGACAACUUUCAUUCUGAAAUGGUGCCCAAACCUCACCUCCCCACUUUGUGUUUACUUUAACUUCCACCACAGCCCGUCUAGGCAGCAAAUUGGUUGAUCCUGAAUUAAUUGUCCUGUUGUAAAAAAUUACAGUGACUUUUUUUGGACAACUUUCAGUCUGAAAUGGUGCCCAAACCUCACCUCCCCACUUUGUGUUUACUUUUAACUUCCAACCACAGCCCGUCUAGGCAGCAAAUCGGUUGAUUCUGAAUUAAUUGUCCCGUUGUAAAAAAUUACGGUGACUUUUUUGGACAACUUUCAGUCUGAAAUGGUGCCCAAACCUCACCUCCCCACUUUGUGUUUACUUUUAACUUCCACCACAGCCCGUCUAGGCAGCAAAUUGGUUAACCCUGAAUUAAUUACCCCUGUAUAAGAAAUUCAAGUAACUGUUGGUUGAUACAUUUUUGUCUGAAACCGGGAUAGGCUCCAGCAAGCGGUAGAAAAUCCUCUUUGGUGCUUACUUUUUAACUUCCACUGCAGCCCAUCAAGGCAGGAAAUCGGUUGACUCCGAAUUAAUUGGCCCUCAAUGUUAAGCUGAGAUUGUCUUGAUAGAUUUUAGUCUCAAAUGUUCUCCACACUUUACCUCGCUCCAUUCAUGCUUACUUUGCCAUUCCACCGCAGCCCGUCUAGGCAUCACAUCAGUUGACCCUGUCCCACUGAUGAAUUUCAAUGGCAAAUGGUUCCCAAACUUCACCUCCCUCAUUUGUCUUGAUGUUGUAACAUUUGCCGCAGCCCGUCUAAGCAGCAUAUUGAUUAACCCAGAAUUAAUUGCCCCUCCAGGUGGUUGCCGCCGCUGUAAGGGCACGAUGCAAACGCUAUGCCUCAAAAAGUAGCCGCCCGAGAGGUCCACAUGACUCGAAGCUUGUAGAAUUAGUUAAACAUGGCCGCUAAUGCAUCUUCCCCGUGUACUUCAUCUUGUCUCAGCCCUCCGUCCCGACCGCCGUUCUGUGCCGCCACAGCUGGCAUGGCCAACAAGAGGAGCAGAGUGGGGAGCGGCGAGAGAAGCGUGCGAGCGGCCCACUGCAGUAUUGAUGACCCAACGAUCCCCUGCAGAACUCAGCCAGGCAGACGGAGCGAGGCUUAACUCCGAAUCCGAGUCACCGGCGAGCGGUCGGCACGGGACAUGAAUGGUUCUUGAAUCUUCUUGAGAAGCUUUAGAGGGCGAGAAAGGAGGAACCCGUUCCCUGCUGUCCUACUGUCUUCACGCCUAACUGCUCAUCCGCCGAGGAAAACGGUUGUGUUGGCGAAAGGGCCUGAGCUCUGGACCACGGGGCUCCCGGCUCCCGCUCGCGAUGACCUGGCGUCGGUGACCGCCGACCUCACGCCCCCCCUCAGCCCCCACGCUGGCUAACGGCCUCCAUCUACAGCGAAGGGGUGGGCCGACCGGUAACGACUGGCGCAGAGGCGCCGGUAAACAUGCAAACGCGCGUAGACGCACAGACGCUUCCUCGCACCGCUUUGGAUUCGUGUGGACCCGCACGCUCGGGUUCCGCCGGGGCCCAGCCUUUGUCAUUAGCGCUUGGCAAUCAUCCCGCUUCCACCGAUCAGGUGGCGGUGCGGACCCUCGCUGCAGAAAUGGACAUACCCUCAAAUAUUUGUCCGGUUCCUGCAAGUCUGAACCAGAACACAGGCGCCACGCCUCUUCUCGUGGAGGCCGAGAGGAAAUACGCGCUCCGCAGCUCCGGACGUUCUCGUUUCCCCUGUCACGUGCGCAAGUCCUCCCGCCUCCGCCGCACCCUCGAGGACGGGGAGAGGAGAGCGGAUAAGGAGCGAGUUGAUGAGGAGGACGUAAAAGCAUCAGAGGAGAAGAUCUGGAGGGUUAAGGAGGAGAAGGGGGAAGCGGUGAUGCCGAAACAGGAACAACCAUCUGUGGAGGCUCCUCCCCCCGCAGCUGUCUGCCCUCCAGACGUUCCUCUUGCUCUGACUGUCCCCAAAGUCGUCCCCAAAGCCGCACCGAAACCAGCACCCAGACUCGGACACAGACCCGGACCUAAAUCUAGGUCGAGGCCCGGGCCCAAGUCAGUCCAGAAACCCGGUCCUAAAAGUGUCAUGAGACGGCGUCUGGCGGCAGCUCAGCAGGCGGUCGCUCACUGCGGCGCCGCUCAUCUCCCGUCGGCCAUCGUGGCGGCCAGCCCGCCGCCGCACGUGAAGAAGGAGCCCGUUGCGGUGCAGAUUUUGUCCCCCAGCGGCAGGAGGUGUGGACGCUUUGUCGGAGUGAGGAGAAUCGUCGUCAAGGUGGCUCGCAUUCCCGUCAGCCUCGGCCGGCGACAAAAGAGCUACAAGAUUUCCAACGUGGAGACCGUUACGGGAACAGAGAAGAGCAACGAUGGGAACGUGGACGGUUCCGACGUGGCCAAGGAGCCCACGGCGCUGCUCCGCAUGAAGAACAACGGCAAGAGCGUGAUGGUCAUGUUCCCCCCCGGAGAGCUGCCGGUCAUUCUGAAACGCAGGCGGGGGCGCCCGCCCAAACAGGCCAUGCCGGUGGCGGCGGGGGAGCCCCCCAGUGCCUGCGGGAACGGAGACCAGAUCAAGAAGCCCAGAAGGAAGCGGCGGACUAAACUCCCUUGUCCCUAUCCAUCAUACGUGAAUGACACCAAUGAUGUGAAGACCGAGUACGGGGACGUUCUGUCCAAACUGGCCUUUUUGAACCGCCAGCCCCCCACCACGGGGCGAUGCUCCCCUCCUCGCUGCUGGACACCCAGUGAGCCGGAGAGCUUCCACACCCCCUUGGAAAACCCAGGACUGUCCACGCUGCUGCACCGGCUCACUGGCUUUAGGCGGCCUCGGGGCGGCAGAGGGGGCACCGGGAGGGGUGGCGGUGCAGCAGGGGGCGCCGGUGGAAGCGAGCACAAUAAGAGCACCUUCAGUGACUUCUUUGAAUCCAUCGGCAAGAAGCGCAAGCUCAGCCCCCUCUCUGAGCACGGCCUACCCAGGAAGAGGGGCAAGGGAGUCGGGGGUGUCGGUCGAGGAGGUGGGGUGGUGGGAACCGAGCCUGCGGGGGAGAAAACAAUCAGGAAGAGGCGAGUGAGGAAAAACGGCACAUUUAAAGGGGAGGGGGACGGCAUGGGACAGGACUGGCCCAAUGGGUCCGGGGGCUGGGGGGACAAAGCUUUGAGAGGCUAUCAGCUCUGUGGAGCCACAAGGGGGGGCUUCUCCUCCUGUGAGGUCGGAAGGAGAGGCGGCUACGGCCGCUCGGGCGGGGGCAGAGGGGUCGGACCCCCUGGGGAGGACUCACAGGGUCUCUUUGCUGGGUAUUUUCGCUCCCUGUUGGAUUCCGAUGACUCGUCUGAACUUUUGGACAUCUCGCAGUCAAACGCUCGCAAAGCUGCGUCUGCCCCCGGUUACGAACCAUCCAGCCCGGCCCCGGGCCAAAGGUGGUCACCCGCCAUCCCUAAAUGGGGAGCCAACGGGACAAGCUCUGCGGCGGAUGGAUCCGUGCAGACUCACAGUUCCUCUUACGGCUACGGCGGGCAGACGCAAACGUCCCCGACCCCCUCCACCUACCACAAAUCCACCCCUCCGUCUCUCUCCCACUCUCCGAGCUCCCCCCAUCCCGCCAACUACGGCCACUACUCGCCCGCCUACGCCUCCUCUUCUUGCGUCGGGCCCCAAAGGUCCUCAGACUGCAGUUUUUCCUACAGCAAAACCGUGGCCCAGGACCGCGGUCAGAUGGGCUACUCCGGCUACCAGGCAGCAACCAGGAAGGCCUACGGCGGAAGUGCCACGGCGGGGCCCGCAUCACCGGGGGCGGGGUUUAUGUCGGUGGCCAAAGGCAGCCCCUUCGGCUCCUCCUCCUCGCCAGAAUGUUACAAACAGUACAACUGCAAUCAAUGGACCUACAGACAAGGUUGCAGCGGCUGGUCAGCAGACAACUUUGGUCCUCACGCUUACAGUGAAUAUGGCUGCAAUGAAUCAAAGGACAUCUUGGACAUCUCCAACUACACCCCCCAGAAGGCCAAGAGACCCCCUUUCCCAGAGAGCCUAUCCGAAUCCUCCUCGGACUCCUCGCAUCCCGGCUCGGCGGCCGCUGGGAGCGGUCCUCCUUCCUCCAUGGGCGGAGUCUUCAAACAGAUGGAGACCAUGAGUGGAGACGGCGGUCCGUCCAGCCUGUCUAGCCUGGAGAAGCUGAUGAUAGACUGGCAUGAGAGCGCCUCCGGGCCCUCCUAUAGCUGGAGCCAGAAUGUGCUCUUCCAGGGAGGGGGGACAAGCAAGCCGGGCCGCGGUCGCAGGAAACGGACCGAACAAUCAGACAAAGAAGGGGGUUCUGUUUUACACUCAGAUUCCCCGUCCAGUCCCUCUCCGACACCCACUCCUGGACCUAAGCGUGGAGGGGCUGGAGGACGGGGACGAGGGUCCAGAGGAGCCAGAGGCGGGCUGUCCGGGUGUCAGAGAGAGCGUCUUUCGGGAUCCAAAGGCAGGGGAAAAUCUGCUACAGCAGGGGCGGCUCCGGGUCUGGAGGGAUCCGGGCUGUUCCAGGAGGGGCUGGACUAUUACAGCGGGGACAGUAGCAGCCUCUCCCCCUUGGCCACCCCCAACCCCGCACCCCCUUCCAGCUACCUCCAGGACCCCUGCGAGUACCCCUCCCCUUACUCGGCCCACCCCUCCACGCCGUCCUCUGAGGAGCGCUAUCCAGCCUUGUACCCUGGAGAGUCCUCCUCCUCCCUCUCGCCCAGCGUCUCGUCCCCCCCUUACCCCCCCAAAGCCCAGUCCUACCAUCUUGUACCGUCCAGAACCUUCUCCCCCUCGUGCUCCCCUCUACCACGGGUAACACCCCAUUGCAGCUCGGCGAGUCCCUCGCAUCGCCCCCCACCCAAAGAGGCGCAGUUCUCGCAGUACGACUCCCCCAGUUACUGCGGCUCCCCCUACUGGUACGGACAAACGUCACACAGCAGCAGCCCCAGCCCGAGUACGUCCACCCACCCGCACACGAGCCCGCACGCAAACACCCACGGGAAUCUGCUAGCCAGCCCAAACGCACACGUGAACCCGUCCCCCCACGACCCGCAGCAUCACAACGCUCACGUCAGCCUGAGCUCCCACGCCAAAUCCUACCCCGCUAACCCCGCCCACGCCAACAAUCAGCCCCAUCACGCCCACGCCGCGCACUCGCUCUACGAUGACUGCAGUACCGCCGCCGUCCACAAGCAGGAGCUCACCAUGCACGCCAUCGCCACGGGCUCCCGCCAGGGUCUCCUGACGCCCCCGCCCUUGUACACGAAAGCCACCCUGGACCCUUUGCCCCCACAUGAGCAGCCCGGCGGCUACGCCCUGUCCCAGCUCUCCUGUCAAGGGAUGGGACACCGCUACCCCUCGCAGGUGUCUCAGGGAGCAGGAGGGGUUCUGUGCCAGCUUCUGGACCCGGCCCACGAUGACAGCUUUAGCGUGACCAGCCUGUAACAGCAGGUGCGAUCGAUCCAAGCUUUUAACAGAUUUGCAAACGAUUCUUUUUCUCGCUUUUGUACGGUCAACUUUUUUUUUUUUUUGUGCCAGACUGUGGAAUGAAGGGUGAGAAUUUAGCUGCCGGCUUGGGACAGUAAAGCUUUAAUUCU